CCAGGAGCAGAGUUGGAGCCGGGGGUCGACUGGAUUUGGGGGGUGAUUGCUGCUUUUUGCAGUUUUUCUGUUUUGUUUUAAAUUUUAUUUUUAGAUUUCCAUUUCUAUUUUUAUAUCCCAAUUUUAUGUGCACAUCGAGAUUUCCAUUUGGAUCAUGAACAAACUAUACAUUGGGAAUCUGAGCCCCUCGGUCACCGUCGAGGACUUGAAGCAGCUCUUUGGCGAGAGGAAGCUACCCCUGACCGAGCAGGUUCUGCUCAAAUCCGGCUAUGCCUUCGUGGAUUUCCCCGACCAAAACUGGGCCAUAAAAGCUAUUGAGACUUUGUCAGGAAAAGUUGAAUUACACGGGAAGGUGAUUGAGGUAGACUACUCUGUUCCCAAAAAAUUAAGGAGUCGGAAGAUACAGAUCCGGAAUAUCCCGCCUCACCUGCAGUGGGAGGUCUUGGAUGGCCUUUUAGCACAGUACGGUACUGUGGAAAACGUGGAGCAAGUGAACACUGACACAGAAACGGCAGUGGUGAACGUCACAUACGCCAACAAGGAGGAGGCUAAAGUGGCCAUUGAGAAGUUGACAGGACACCAGUUUGAAGACUACUCCUUCAGGGUCUCAUACAUUCAGGACGCGGACGCAGUCGCGACCCCCCAGGCUCCUCGCCCACGUCGAGGGGGGCGGUCAUCACGGGACCAGGAUGGCCCCCAGCCUGGUCCCUCAGCCGGCCUCGGGGGCUCUCGGCACAAGCUCCAGGACUUUCCUCUGCGCAUUCUGGUCCCCACGCAGUUUGUCGGCGCCAUCAUUGGAAAAGACGGCCUUACCAUCAAAAACGUCACGAAGCAAACCCAGUCCAAAGUCGACAUACACCGGAAGGAGAAUGCUGGUGCGGCAGAGAAGCCUAUCACCAUCCACUCCAGUCCAGAAGGCUGUUCCGCUGCCUGUCGCAUGAUUCUGGACAUCAUGCAGAAGGAAGCCAGCGAGACCAAGGCAGCUGAAGAUAUUCCUCUGAAGAUCCUGGCCCACAACAGUCUUGUGGGACGGCUAAUCGGGAAGGAGGGCAGGAACCUGAAAAAAAUCGAGCAGGAAACCGGGACCAAAAUCACCAUCUCCUCCUUGCAGGACCUGACCAUUUACAACCCGGAGCGGACCAUCACGGUGAAGGGGGGCUUGGAGGCCUGCAGCAAGGCCGAGGUGGACGUCAUGCGCAAACUGAGGGAGGCCUACGAGAACGAUGUCGCUGCUAUAAACCAACAGGGCAACCUUAUCCCUGGGCUAAACCUGAACGCUCUCGGCAUCUUUUCCACCGGCCUCUCAGUGCUGCCCCCUGUGGCACCCAGGGGAGCUGCCCCUCCACCAGCUGCUGGAUACAGCCCCUUUAUAGGUCACUCGUCACAUGUUGGAAGUCUGUAUGGGGUUCCGCCAACCAGCAUCAUCUCCCACCAGCACUCACCUCCUGAGCAGGAGGUAGUGUACCUUUUCAUCCCAACCCAGGCUGUGGGUGCACUCAUCGGAAAGAAGGGACAACAUAUCAAGCAGUUGGCACGCUUUGCUGGUGCCUCCAUCAAGAUUGCCCCUGCAGAAACCCCUGAUGUCUCUGAGAGAAUGGUGAUCAUCACUGGACCCCCCGAGGCCCAGUUUAAGGCUCAAGGCAGGAUCUUUGGGAAAUUGAAAGAGGAGAACUUCUUCACAGCGAAGGAAGAGGUGAAACUGGAGACACACAUCAAAGUCCCCUCGUGUGCGGCCGGACGUGUUAUCGGCAAGGGUGGUAAAACGGUCAAUGAGCUGCAGAACCUAACGAGCGCUGAAGUCAUUGUGCCACGGGACCAAACUCCAGAUGAGAAUGACGAGGUCUUCGUAAAAAUUAUUGGGCAUUUCUUUGCCAGCCAGACUGCACAGAGGAAGAUCAGAGAGAUCAUCCUGCAGGUGAAACUGUCGGAACAGAAGCAUCAGCAGGGAGCUCCCACACCGCACCACUGCAAGUGACGCGCAGAGCAGCCCCAGCGAGCGUCAGCGAUCCUCAGCCGACGAAUGUAGCCCUUCCAACCGGACAGAGACAGAGGAGGCGGACCAGUGGCACGGGGAACAAAACCAAAGAACUUUACUGAGGAAUGCGUGAGCCAAAGGCUGCCAGUUCAGAGAAGGAGGGUAAACGUGACAUUUGUAAAAGCAAAGCAGAGAGAGGACGAAAGGCCAAGAUGCGGUACCUGCUGUCUCUGCUUUCAAAGUAAAGAAUUCACUCGCCCCGACUAACGUAGGCCUAAUGAAAACGGGAAAAGAGUAAUGCGAUGCGAAUGAAUGUUUGGAUUUUCGGACAGGGUGAGCCUGGGGUCGUGAUGGAAAGGAAAUUUCUUUAGACUGUUUUGACGUUCAGAUUGAUAUGCUUAGCAGUAUAGCAGUAUUAAUAUAUAUUAGAAACUAUAUAUAUAUACUCAGUGACCACUUUAUGAUGCAGAUGUGUACACCAGCUUGUUAAUGCAAAUAUCUAAUCAGCCAGUCAUGUGGCAGCAUGGUUCAGUUUUUGUUCAGACCAACAUGAAAUAUGUGCAAGAAAUGUUAUUUAAAUUAAUUUUACCACAGUCAAUGGCUGUUGGUGCCAGAUGGGGUGCUUUGCUUAUAUCAGAAAAUGCUGCUCCUUUUUUCAUGUACAACAGUCUCUAGAGUUUACAGAGAGAAUGUUAUAAGGAAUGUUAUGCAGUUCUGUUGGCGAAAAAUGCCUUAUCAAUGAGAGAGAUCAGAGGAGAAGGUUCAAUCUGGCAGGAAGGCGACAGUAACUCAAAUGACCUCGCAUUACAACAAUGGUAUGGAGAAGAGCAUCUCUGAACACACAGCAUGUCAAACCUUGAAGCAGAUGCGCUACAGUAGCAGAAGACCAAUAAGUCAAAACAUAAGUUAGUAAAUACCUAAUAAAGUGGUCACUGAGUGCGUAUAUAUAUCGCUCCAAUACGUUUGGGACAAAGACCUUUUUUUUUCUUCUUGAUUUGGCUCUGUUCUCCACAAUUUGCAAUCAAACGAUUCACAUGUGGUUAAAGUACACAUUCUCAUUCUCUCAUUUAUUGCUGGGUUUUUAAAAAAAUACAUUUUUUUACAUAAAUUACAAAUUGCUUUACACAUGUUUCUGAUUAGUGUGUUGAAUUGCUUCCUUAGUGCAGCUAUAAGAGAACUUUCAGUAUCUAGUAUUGAUUCUAGGCUUUUGAUUGCCUUUGCCGUUUGUUAUUACCAUUUGUCCAAAUGGCGGCAGAAUUAUGCCAAUGAAAGUCAAGGAAGCCAUUAUGGGGCAUUAUGAGUUAGAAACAUAGGCCAAACCCGAGGCUUACCAAAAUUAACAGUUUGGAACAUCAUUAAGAAGACAGAGAGCACUCAUAAUCUCAGUAAUCCCAAAGGGCCUGGUGGGUCAAGGAAGACCUCAACAGUUGGUGAUCAAAAAUGUAUCACCGAUGCCAAAAAACCCCAAACACCUCACUGACAGAUCAGAAACACUCUGUAUCAGUGACUACAGUCCACAGAAAACUUUGAAAACAACUACAGAGGCUACACUGUAAAAUACAAACCACUAGUUAGGCACAAAAACUUUGCUAAGAAGUACUCAAAAGAGCCUGCAGAGUUCUGGCAAAAGGUCUUGUGGACAGAUGAGACCAAGACUGAACAUGCAUUUCAUAUGAAGAGAAAACAUGAAGCAACUAGCCCUUGAAACAAGCAGAACUCUGCAGUACUGACCUAGCAGAGCAUCACCAGAGGAGUUCCUCAGCACUUGGUGAUGUCUAUGGGUCAUACUAUUUUCAUGUACGUGACAUUAAUAUAUAACAUUAAUAUGUAUGUAUCAAACAUGAUAUUUCCCUGAAAUGAGGGCUAUGGAUAAAAAGUGCUGGGACUUCUAUGUGGAAAAACCAAAAUGUAUGAAAUACCCUUUAGCGUAGAACCUGCACUUUAACCACAUGUGAAUUAUUUGAUUACAAAUGUCAAAUUGAGGUGUACAGAGCCAAAUCAGGAAUUAAAAAUAUACCAUUGUCCCAAACAUUACUCACUGUGUGUGUAUGUAUGUGUAUAUAUACUAUAUGAAGAGAACAAGAUUCAUGUUAUCACAAUAUAUCUUAGACUAUAUAUAUACACACAUACACACACAUACACACACACACACACACACACACACACACUUACACAGUAUAUAUAUACAAGGAGAACAAAGGCUGUUGUCAUAGACUAAAGUAGGGUUUUUAGACUUGAACUGAGGUGUUCCAACGUGGGCAGUAGCAGAGGACACAUCCAGCCAUUUGAACAUGGACAGAAAAAGCAGAAAAUGUUCAGUCUUAGUGGAUUGUUGUGAAUCUUUGUCACUGCACCUGUGUGUGUGCCAACACAAGGGAGACAGUCCCUCACAUGUCUUUUUGCUUAACAUCACUUGGGUUUCUUACUGUCUUCAUUUACAUUUUUUUCUCAAUGUAAUUUUCACUUUUCAAUUCAACAGAAUGUCACUGAGCAGCGUUCUGAUAGCGACUUCAACUUCGGUCAGAAAGACGAUCAGAGGAAUAACGUGAAAAUAGUACAAGUCAUACGUAUACGUGCACAUGUGCCGUGCGUAUUGUAGGGACAUGAGAUUGAUGUUGAAAGCUAUUUCAAAAAUUACUGCCAAGAGAGGGAAAGCAAGAACCAGAAAAGAUACAAAUGAACUGCACUUAAACAAAGGUGUUAAGUUGGUGCAAUAUUGACAAGGAGCGGUUUUAGCCGAAUAUUCACCCCAAACACUGCCUUGUACUUCGCAUUGAAGUGAAAAUAAAUAUGACUAGAAACUGUGAUGUAAGUGCACAGUAGGGGCCGCAGUAGUGUAAAUGGCCGUGUCGCCACACCGCUGCGCUUGGCUUAAAACCUCUCCAUCCGAGAGCUUUCUAAAAUGGCGUGACAGCUGUGAAUGUAAGAUAUGCAGCCUUUGAAAACGUUCCCCUGCCAUGUCCAGUGACUCUUGUCAGCGUAGUUUUUCUUUUUUCUUUUUUUUUUUACCCCCCCACCCUGAUCAGCAGUUUGCUGGACACGCAGGUGUGUUUAGUGCUUUAGUGCUUUUUAUUCAUGACCAUGGAAGCUUUCAGCCUUAAACAUGGCACUGGCGUCACGGGCAGACGUCGUAGAAACAUCGCAGCAAGUUCUUUCACCCUCUGAGCUUCAGUUUAGCCUCACCUUUAGACUCUUCAAUGUCAGCAUCGAUACACGUGACUCUCGCUGUGUGUGUGCGUGUGUGUGUGUGCGCAUGCAUGUGUGCGUGUGUGUAUAUAUUUAUAUAUAUAUAUAUAUAUAAAAAGAGAGAGGAUAGCUAUUUAUGAAUAUAUUUUUCCUAUUUUGUGACGAAAACGAAUUAUAAGAAAAAGCAAGAAAUUUUUUUAAGAGAUAUUUUGUUUAAUUGGAGACUACCAUGUUGCAUUGAAGGGACAUGUUUUAUUUGGAACACAGGAAUGUGACUAAUGGUAAUGCAAAUGAUCAAUUCCAAAUAGCGAGAAUAAGAAGUGAAUCCCAGCAUUACUUUGGUCAGGAUGUGAACGGUGUGCAUGCGAGUGUUGUGAUCUACCUCAGGUCUGUCUUUCAUUCCCCGUUUCCACAUUUUGUAUGCCUUGUAAACGAAUAGUUUUGAACAUUUUUUUAUUUUUAAUAAAAAAAAUAUCUUUAAAAAAAAAACAAGGAAAAAAUAAUUAGUCUAAACUUUUCAGGGUUACCCUACUUAUUUUGGGAGACUGAGUGUCCAAGCAGCUCAAAAUGUGUUGUGCUUAUCAGCCGCUUUGGCUGGACACCUUGGCCUCAGUUAGUCUGAUGGUUAUUUUUGCUGAAUGAAUAGACGAGGGUGGAAGUUCAUGGGCUGUGAAUGCAAAUGUGUCUUAUUUCUUGAUUAAAGGAAAAAAAAUAAAUGCACCCAAAAAGUUUAAACGUAAAAAAUAUCAACAUAAAAAUAGAGGCAAUUGUACCAGCAGACUGCAAAUCCAAGUUUAUUUAGUGCAAAUGUUCUGUAAAAAUGUAUCAGAAAGAGUAUCUCAAAAAGUCAUUUGAAUAUGACUCUAACCAGAUAGAGUCAGGUACGAUGUGCUUGGAUAAGCAACAGGAACGCACAGGCAGAUUGUUCAACAAAAUGUAAAGCUCUAGUCUUCUCUCUAGUGUGUUACAGUCAUAGACAAGACUAGCUGUCACUGUGUAUGGGAGAAAGAACUAUAUCUGUAAACAUGUAUAAUAGAGUCACUAAUGCACUAAUGCAUUAAGUUUAUUUUUUCUGUGUUCACCUGCAUUCUGAGAGACAGGAAUUAAAGAAUGUCUUUGGCUUCAUUCAUGGUCUAUGGAAUCUGAACUGUUUAGCUCUUUCCUUAAACGAUUCCCUCGUCCACCUCCCAUGCUACUGAUGUGCUGUAAAUGUCUGUUUUACCUCUCAGAAGCCUAGCCUGGCUACCUUUCAGUUUGAGUGACUUAAUAAAUUUAGCACGGUUGACAACUUUAGAACAGAGAUGGUUGCUCUAAUAUCAUGCAGAACAAUGUCUGCAGAGGAGAAUUAGGUGGUGUUCCAGGUUUCGGUCAGCUGCAGUCAAACCUUCCUCCUUUCUGUGCUGUGAACUCUGCCUGUAAUUCAGGAACCUCGAGUAUGGGAAGAAAAAUCUGAUUGGGUGAAUGGUCAGAGGGUUUAACUCCUGGCCCAGGGAUUUUUAAAUUCAGUUUUCUUGUCCUUUGAGGACCUCAUUGGCUAUGCAAGCUCUGUGUUCAGUGUGUGUACAGUUUAUCUACCAACAAGAAAAGUGUACAACACAACGGGUGUGCAUUCAUAGGACGGCCCUGUCAAAACCGCAUGAAGGGAGGGGUGGGGGUGGGGGGGAGGGCUAAAAUGAUGCACACCUUUGUGUGCACACCCAAUAUAUCCAUUUUGUAAGCCACACACAAACAUUCUCAGUAAAACACUGGCAGAUUCUCAGAUUUUUGAGUACGUUGAAAUCUGACAUGAGUUAAAAUAGUGAGAGAAGUCUGCUUUGCUGUAGGGGUUUCCAUAUGUACUUAGAAGCUACCAGAGUUAGCCACUGUUGCUAAGGAGCUACCAGAGCUAGCCACUGUUCACAGGAACUGGAGCAAAUUCUCCAGAGCACUGAUUAGCGUAGCUUGAAGGAAUCAAAGAGUCCUACAUCACUGAGAACUGAAAUGACUCUUUGUUGAAUGUAUUUUCAGCUUAUUGACACCUCACCAUGCUGUGCUGUAUGAAGUGAUCUGAAAAUCCAACGCCUGAACCAUGCUGAGAAACAGGCAGAGACAACUGUCUGCCAUACUCUCGAACAAUUUGAAUUUAGAAGACUGUGCUGCAUCAGCUGCUAAGGGCAGGGUGAUGAUUGACAGGUGUUAUCUCAGGUGAACGUCUGGAGUGACCAGAUGUAUCUCAGUCUAGCGUGGUUUGAGAUCAGCACUGAGCCGUUCUGGAGGAUUCUGGCAGUUUUGGCCAUACUGCAUAUGAGCACUGGGCUGACCUUUGGUGGUUUUCAUUUUGACAUUUGGUCAACUUUUCCUGCAAUGUUUUGGAUUUUUAUAGUUUUUAGAGAUUUGCCAGUACAACUUUCAGCAGGAAUUUUGAUAUAGAAUGUUGAAUUACUUAUUCCACUCUGUUUGAAGGAUACGUUUGCCUUUUUUUUUGACACUCUACUAUAAUCUAGCAUUUCAGAACAGUAGUUUAGAUAUUUUGACUGGCGCAGAAUUGUAGGCCCCUCCUGGGGCUUAGCUAUGCUGGAGGUUGGGUAUGAUUGGACUGUUGGAGUGUUGGAGUGUGUCACCAUGUGGAAGUAGGGAAGUUCAUUUGGGGGGGGUCCAUAAUAAGAUCCCGUCUGGAGCUUCAAUGAAACCCACCACAGCAUCAAGCUUUUCUGGCCUGCACUGUUUGAGGAGGUGCAGCGUCUAUAGUUGUGCAGUCCUUGCCUCAUCCACACCUUUCUUCAGUAAUGACUUGGUACGGAAGUGCCCGAGCUGCAGUCUCAUUGAGAGAGCGCUGUAGACAGGAUGUGAAGCUUAACCAGUUACUUGCCUGGAUAGAAAGCUGCUAUCAACUGACACCAGGAUCAGCCUUUUCAUGUGUUGGUGGAUCACAGAGACUAUAUUAGCGUGAUGUAGGCGGUCAUGAACCCCAGUCCAUCUACUUUAGCGCUUGGGGGUCCAGCAGGGUGGCUUCAGCCAUUUUCAAGUUUUUAGCGGGACUCUGCUGAGGAGCCAACGCACCGCUUCCUGUUUGCUUUUCAUAACGGACAUAGAAGUGAGAAAGUUGCAACAGGCGUGACUGUUAAGAGGACAUUCUGCACACUUUGGUUGUAGUUCAGGUGGAUACCAUUCCUCCAAUUUUCCCAUUUUCACCAGUGCAUGUUUUCAGCGUUUGGGGUGGGAAUCUCACGGUUCUCCAGUCUACCAUGUAUCACCUGAGCUGGAAAGACAGAGUCAUCCUGGUCCCUCCGGUCAGAGCUGUGUUAUUGUUUUGAAUGUGGGUGAACUGUACUGCCGACCAACCUAGAUACGAGCAAUAAAGAAAGUCUUGAGAUGA